UCUUUCCGCUCUUUUGGAUUAAAUGUUGUUGAGUUCGGUUCUAGUGUGUGCGAUAUCAACAUCUUCUCAGGUGGUACUACCGCAACAGUUUAAUUGAUUGAGGGUCGAUUUUCUAGGGAAUCAUGUGCGACGACGACGUAUCUGCUUUGGUGGUCGACAAUGGGUCUGGCAUGUGCAAAGCCGGAUUCGCCGGGGAUGAUGCUCCCAGGGCUGUUUUUCCUAGUGUGGUUGGCCGACCUAGAUAUCAGGGCGUCAUGGUGGGUAUGGGUCAAAAGGAUUCUUAUGUGGGAGAUGAGGCACAAACCAAACGAGGAGUCUUAACAGUGAAAUAUCCAAUUGAGCAUGGAAUUAUUAACAAUUGGGAUGACAUGGAAAAGAUAUGGCAUCAUACGUUCUACAACGAGCUACGAGUCUCCCCAGAAGAGCAUCCGGUACUCCUCACCGAAGCCCCCCUGAACCCCAAAAUCAAUCGGGAAAAAAUGACCCAAAUCAUGUUCGAAACGUUCGGUUCACCGGCGAUGUACGUGGCAAUCCAGGCGGUUUUGUCCUUGUACGCCUCAGGACGGACCACUGGAAUAGUGAUGGAUUCUGGAGACGGUGUUUCCCAUACCGUACCAAUAUACGAAGGUUAUGCUUUGCCGCAUGCCAUUAUACGUUUGGACCUGGCCGGAAGGGAUUUGACUGAUUAUUUGAUGAAGAUCUUGACUGAGAGGGGGUACAGUUUCACCACUACUGCCGAAAGGGAAAUUAUUAGGGAUUUAAAGGAAAAAAUCUGUUUUGUGGCUAUGGACUUUGAAAAAGACCUUGCGGUAGCGAACUCUUCAAGUUGUUUCGAGAAAUCUUAUGAGCUACCCGACGGACAAAUCAUCACUUUGGGAAACGAGCGGUUUAGGUGCCCUGAGGCGAUGUUUCAACCGGCCCUUUUAGGCAUGGAAACUCCCGGCAUAGCAGAGACAACUUUUAAUUCUAUAAUGCGCUCGGAUAUGGACAUUCGUAAGGACUUGUAUGCCAAUACGGUCCUGUCUGGAGGCAGCACAAUGUUUCCAGGUAUUGCCGAUAGAAUCCAAAAGGAAAUCGCCGCCUUAGCACCUGCCUCGAUGAAAAUUAAAAUAAUCGCUCCGCCAGAACGAAAAUACUCGGUAUGGAUCGGCGGCAGCAUUUUGGCCAGUCUCACUACUUUCCAGCAAAUGUGGAUAUCGAAACAGGAAUAUGACGAGGCUGGACCCUCCAUUGUACACAGAAAGUGCUUUUAAAAAUCUCUAAAUAUGUUUUUUUUUUAUUAAUUUAAUUAUCUUAAUGGAAAUAACUGUUUUUUUUUUUAAAUUUGUUUUAUUCAUGUUGGUUAAGAAGCGUUCUGAGUUUGAAAAUAAAAAACCGGCGCAAUCACCAAUUAUUUACAAUUAA